AACAAUUGUUUAUAUGCAUCCCGUAGAGUAGGACGCUGUCGGCAGUAAUUGAACGGUAUCAAUUCAUCAGUAUUCUGCACUCAAAAUCGCUUUGUCGUCCGCCAACGCGAUCAUUUCAAUCUCAUUACAGCUGCCCUCAGCAAUAAGUGCCACGGAAAUCGCUUCCAACGCGCAUACGUCGGCAAAUUGUCUGCAGUUUCAAAUAAAUAAAUAAAAAAAAACAAUUCUUUAGUGACUUAGUACAAACAUCCGUGUCAAAUAAAAUAGCUGAUGAGUGUUCAUUCGCUGGUCGCAAUAAUGAAAAACUUUUCAGCAAUAGGUUUCACGGACCAGAAUUUGCUGGUUGAACUGUGACAAGGAGGUCAUACAGCAGCAUCAUACAACAACAAUAGGGAUCUAAGAUUUACCGUCUCUACUUCGACUACAGAGGCUACUAGAGGCUAACAAUAAAUAGUGAUACUAUAGAAAAAUCCAUGUUAUGCAUAGUUCUAAAGUCAGUGUCUAAGUUCGCGUUGAACCAUUUUUUUAUUGGAUUUAUGGUUAAAGCGUUAAUUGUGUAAACCGCGGCAUAACAUGGAAGGUGAGUAGUAUUUAUGACAGCGAUCGAUUGUUGAUGUCCUGCGGUUCACUGUACACGGCGCUUUCGCGCACCUAUCCAGAGGCACAGGCACCAGCCAAAUCGACGGUAAUCCCUGUAGAAGCGAGCGAACAGACGCCAUUGUUUAAGGGUAGCAAAAGUUAUGGUGGCACUGCAACGGCGGCAAUCGGUGAUGGUUAUGCCAGCAAGAGUGGGGCUGAUAGCAGCUAUGGCAGUGAGAAUGAUAACUCUAGUAUCAAAGGCGGCAAGGGCAUCGUUAAUGUGGCGAUGCGAAAACAUGGAAAGGAAUGCUGCGCUUACGCACAAAUGAUGACAUUUGUUUUGAUACUAGCUGGUGGUUGUGUUAUCGCCACUUAUCUCUUAAUUGCUGAAUCACGCCUGCCGACUUUGCGAUUCUCGUUGGAUCUGGUACAUCGUCACAUGUGGAGCAAUGUUUCCGCACCACUCGCCGCCAUCUUGAACCACUCCAACGUACUAAAUAUUGUGAUAAUGCAGACUGGUGGAACUGAUUGUGAUAAAUAUGAGAAAUGCCUACAAAUUCUACGCGAACUUCAAAAGCAGUAUCAAGAAAAGCAUGGCACCGCUCAGGAGAUUCCGUUUAACUUUCUGAUUGGCGGCGAUCGACAGACCUAUGAGGCACGCGGUUGGAACUAUGAAAGUGGGCUGCCAUUGGCGGUGGUGCCACAGAAUGCCUCGCUGGUGAUUGCAUUCAUAGGCAACUACACGAUAUCGGCGCCCAAUACGAUGCAGCUGCGCUCGGCUCUUUCGCUCAUUGCUGAGUCGGUGCGACAAAAGAAGCUCCAGCGCAAAUAUAAAAUAUUUGGCCUGCGGAAUUCAAGCGACGCUUAUAAUGAUGGAAAGGCGCUUUUUGGCGCCAUUGGCGAGUGGAAACAGUUCGAUGGUCUGUUAGCAGUGAUUUGACUAGGGUCUCGAUUUUUUUUUUCACUACCUGCUGAAUGUCCAUAUGUAUUUUUACGUAAAUGUAUGUAUGUGCAUAUGUGUAUUUGUUUGAUAUGUUUCUCAGUUAAAUUUUUUGCUUCAUGGCAAGCCAAAAAAUUUAUUCAAAAUUAGAAGGUAUUAGUUAUUUUUUUUAAAUAAGCAAAUUAUUUAUUUAUUCAAAUAUUGCGCAGUUGCAACGAUAAAGCAUUUAUUUGUAUAGUUACAUAUAUGUAUGUAUAAGUGCAUAUUCGUAUGCAUGUUAAGCUAGUAUAAUUGUAUAAAUAUGUAUGUAUGUGUACAUAGAGACAAAUAACUUUUUGUUGCAUAUGUUAACUUGCUAUACGUAAUACUAAACAAAGCCCUCAACUCAUAUGCUAAAUGACGCAAUGCAAACCAUAAUGCAACUUACUGCUUACUGCAAGCUAAACAAUUGUAAUUGUAAUUAUUUCCUUUACGAAAUAUUAAACUAACUUUAAGUAAUGUAAAUUAACACA